UUUCAACCGUUUUAGAAAAAAUAAAAAGGGCAGAAAGGGAAGAGAAUGGGCACAGAGAAAUAGUUUCCUCAAGAAGAGAAAGCCUGCCUGAACAAAUGCAAUUUUCUCGUUUCCUUUCAGCUCAAAACUAACCCUUUUAGCUUCUUCCACCAUGAAACCCAAUCUAAUAACCGCCAAUUCUUUUCGAGUUUCCAAUUCCUUAACUCCUAGGAUUUCAAUUCCAUUUCCCAGACCUUCAAAUCCACUCUCCAAUCAUUUCCUUUCCACAACCUUUCACUCUUCCAAACCUUGUCGUUUCUUUCCUAUUUGCUUUUCAAAUCCCAAACAAUCCAGUUUCAUUAAUGAAGCAUCGCCAGAUUCUACCGCCGAAUUGGGUGCCAUUUCAAAUGAAAGUCUUGGAGAAGAGGAAUUGGGGAGGAAUUUGAAUGUGCAAGUUGGAAAUUCAAUUGUUCCCUCGUAUUUUCAGUCGUCGACUAAGCUUAGUUUGAGUGACCAAGCUUUCUUUCUCCUGUCGUUUAUUGCUUGCACGACUUCUAUAGCAUUUACAAGCCUUGUCGUUGCCGCCAUCCCAACACUCUAUGCAAUGGGAAGAGCUGCAACAUCUCUUUCAAAGUUAGCAGACGUAGCUCGUGAGGAACUUCCUAGUACAAUGGCUGCAAUUAGGCUUUCAGGCAUGGAAAUCAGUGAUCUUACAUUGGAAUUAAGUGAUUUGAGCUUAUGCACUAGAAUUGAGAGUUUCCUUAGUUAUCAAUGGAAGCUAAGACCUGUCCUGCUACCCUGUGUGAUUAGAGCAACAUGCCAUGAGAUAGCUGAUGGAGUCAACAAAUCAGCUCAAGCUGUUCAUGCAGCUGAAGCUGGGAUUCGACAGAUAGGCACCCUUGCUCAUCAACGCACCAUCUCUAUGAUUCAAGAGAGAGCCAGCCUGCCUAUCAUCUCCCUGCAACCUGUUGUUGCUGGGGCUGCAAAGAAGACUUCUGAUGCUGUCGGCCAAGCCACCAAGUCAUUCAUGAAUAUUUUCUCUCGAGUGGAGUUCAGUACAGAUGAUGAGGAUGAUAAUGAAAUUGAAAGGAUAGAUAUCUAAGAGUUUUACUUCGUCUGAUUUAAAUGAUAUCCUUGUGUAAAUAUCUUGAAGAGCUGCAAUGGUAGAUACUGGUACGUGGAUAUUGUAAAUGCCCAUUUCCUUGUUAAUUUUAUCUACGACCUUCUUCUAUAUUCAAGUAAAAAACAUUUGUUUAAUAAA